GUCCGAAGCCAAAGGUGAUUAUUCACACGCCUUUUGGAUUAAGAUUGCGUAUUGCCAUUGUCGAAUACAUCGGUUUUAAGGGAAAAUUGUAAAUAAACCGAGGUUUCAUAAAGCUGAAAUGUUAUGAACAAGUUGUGAUUGCAUUCAUUUGAAAAGUAUUAAGAUGGUGGUGAUAAACAGAAGGAGCAAAGGAAUCUAUUUAUUGGUGUAUUUAGCCAUUUCUGUUUAUUUUUUAAAGUCAAAGGCAAACGACUUCUCAUGUAAACCGGACGAGGUACAGUUUAAAUGUAAGAGCGAUGGAAAGUGCAUGCCCAAAGAUUGGGAGUGUGACGGUGAAAACGAUUGUUCUGACCAUUCCGAUGAAAUGAGUUGUGGUUCUUGUCCACAAGACAAGUUUUCUUGUGGUAAAGAGUGUAAAUUUAAAUAUAUGAUUUGUGAUGGUUACAAAGAUUGUAAAGAUGGAUCUGAUGAAUCACCUUCACGUUGUGCAAAUAUAUCUUGUUCUGACAACGAGUUCAAGUGCCAAGACAGUAAAAAAUGUAUCAUUGAAUCUUGGAAAUGUGAUAAUUACAAAGAUUGUGAUGAUGGAAGCGAUGAAUUUGAAUGUGGUGUGCGUCUUUGUCCUAAAUGGUCAUUUCAAUGCAAUAAUAACCAGUGUAUUGAUAUAAAUUGGAAGUGUGAUCAUGAUGAUGACUGUGAUGACAAUUCUGAUGAAGAUAAUUGCACUUAUACAGAGUGUAAGCAUGAUUUGGAGUUCCAAUGUACAACCAAGAAGCGUUGCAUCUUGAAAGAAGCAUACUGUGAUGGUCACUACGAUUGUGAAGAUCAAUCUGAUGAACCACCUAAUUGUAAUUCAACUCAUAAACAUAGAAAAAAAUGUAAUGUUGAUCGAUUUGACUGUAAAGAUGGAAGUUGUAUUCCUCAUAAGUGGGUUUGUGAUGGUGACCGUGACUGCACAUCUGGCGAUGAUGAAAAGCACUGUAGUAAAGAAUGUGAAAAAGAUGAAUUUAUGUGUCCCAUUUCUAAAAAGUGCAUUAAAAGAUCGAUGCUGUGUAAUGGUGACAAUGAUUGUCCCAAUGGUACAGAUGAAAAGUACAAUUGUGGUGAACCACAAUGCUCUAAUGACAAUGGUGGAUGUGACCAUAAAUGUAACAAAUUAAAGUUUGGUCAUUUUUGCUCUUGUCGUCCAGGAUAUAAACUUGAAGAAGAUGAAAAGACUUGUAGAAAAAUUGACGAAUGUGAUGAAUUUCAGCAGUGUAGUCAGAUCUGUGAGGUGUUUAACAAGACUGUCCAGCCAUUAAGAUGCAGUUGUGUUGCUGGCUAUCGCUUGGAUAAGGACCAUCGAACUUGCAAAGCUAUAGAUAGACACCCGUACCUCGUAUUUUCUGAUCAUUAUUCAAUCAGAAAACUCACUUUAGACAAGAAACAGUCGGACUUCUUUGGCAUAGUUCCGCACUUUGCAGGAAUCAUCGCAGUAGACUAUCAUUUUGGCAAGGCCUUGAUGUUUUGGACUGACAUUAAGAGCAAUUCAAUUCAACAGACUAACCUGAGUAGCAAAAUAGAACAUGAUAAAAAAAUUAUUGUCAAAAAUGUUGUUUCCCCAGAUGGUCUUGCAGUAGAUUGGGUCACAGGAAAGUUGUAUUGGUCAGAUGCUGGAAGAAAACGAAUUGAAGUUGCUGAAUUAGAUGGUCGAUAUCGUUCUACUUUAAUCGAUACUAACUUGGAUAUGCCUCGCGAUAUUGUACUUCAUCCUUACUAUGGGGAGAUGUUUUGGACAGAUUGGGGUGUUGAACCUAAAAUCGAGAAGGCUGGUAUGGAUGGUGAACCAAGCAGCCGUAAAGCAAUUAUUACGACUAGAAUCAUUUGGCCAAAUUCUCUUACUAUCGAUUAUACAAUAGAUCGCAUUUGGUGGGUGGAUGCUAAACUCGAUCUGAUCGAAUAUUGUGAUUUAAAUGGCGAGAAGCGUCGUGUAAUUUUAACUAGUGAUACGAUUUUCCAUCCGUUCUCGAUAUCCUUGUUUGAAGAUCAAAUUUACUGGAGCGAUUGGAGUAAAUUUGCAAUUUAUAAAGCAAAUAAAUUUACUGGAAAGAACGUGACAGUUCUUAAGAAAAGAUUAGUCAACACACUUGGAAUAAAUAUGAUACAUCCUCAACGACAACCUGGAGCUUUCAACUUUUGUCUUAAAUACAAUGGCGACUGCAGUCACCUUUGUUUGCUUUCUCAAAAGAAUAAAACCAAAAAGUGGAAAAGGUUUGAUCAAUAUUCAUGUGCUUGCCCUGAUGGCGUUCAACUGUUGCCGGACAAAAAGACCUGUAAUCUUUCUGAAGCCUUAUUGUGCGAGAAAGGAAGAUGCAACAAUGGAACAUGUUUACCUGGAAAUGAGAUACGUGGCCCUAUUUGUUCGUGCCAUGAUGGUUACACUGGUGAGCGUUGCGAGUUGAAAAAAGAUGAACAUGAUAUGAAUAGCGCGAAUAUUGCCCGUGAAAAUGCUAUUACGAUCGGUAUAAGUGUUGGUUUGGUGAUGUUCAUUUUCAUUUCCUGUGGCAUCAUGGUGCUUGUAUGUCAUAAAAAGAUUCAGAAACGAUACAGCCAUUCUCGAGGGGACUCCUUACGAUUCGAAAAUCCUGUUUAUACACAAACCACUGAAGUUAUAGACUCUGGCACAAGCGUAAGAAGUCUGUUACCAUUCAGAAUCAGAAAAUCACCGCAGGUUUUGCAGGAACCUUUUGCUAAAGACCCCGAACCUGUUGAUCUGUAAAUGAGAAUUGGAAAUGAUUUUUAAGGCGGUUCAAAGAUGCCGUGUGUUCACCAUUUAAGCUACAUCGCACAAGACUUAGUCUUUCAUUGCUGAAACUGUACAGAUGUGAAGAAGUUCUCUACGAAUUUCUGGAAAUUUUUUUCGAGCAGCGUAUUUUUAGAUUUGCAGAUGCACCAUACACACAAUUCAUUUCAGUAAUGUUGCAUCGACAAGUGAAAAUACGAAGUAAAUUAGGUCAAAUUUUUGAUCACAACUUCUAUUUAGAUUAAAAUAUUAUUAAAGUAACAAAAACAUUAAUUGUUACUUUUUGUGUGCUCUGGCGAUUACCGUUCAUCGGAAACUUUUGUUGUAGUUGGUAGACUUAUGUAAAGUAUUACGGGUGGAAAUUGUCUUUUUAAAUUAAAUUAAAUGAUGAUAUUAUUGAUUCGCAUGCUAGUACCAAAAAACCAACAGUUCUCAUGUAAAAUCCCUCCGUGUAUGUUAACACCCGCUUACACAAAAUGUAAAUAGCAGUAAAUCAUUAGUAGUUUACGAUAAUUUGCCGAACUGUAUAUAUUUUUCAUACAUUUAAUCAUGUAUAUAUGUGUAAAGUACUUAUAAAAAUUUAGUCAGUUCAUAUUCUAGUUCUAUGUAGCCGUAUGAAUACUUGUUUAAUCUUUGGCUUAAUUACUGUUCCUUUUUUUGUGUUAUUAAGAAUUAAACGUGUUUAAGCAA